AUGAAGUUAACUCUGGCUAUUCAUUUGUUCUUGAUCGCCGUUGCUACUGCAACGUUCUCCAAUCCCAUUAUAUGGGAGGACUUUGCCGACCUGGAUAUCUUCCGUGUUGAUGACACGUUCUACUAUUCCGCAUCGAACAUGCACUACUCUCCUGGUGCGCCAAUUCUCCGUUCCAAGGAUCUUGUGAACUGGGAGAUGGCUGGACACUCCGUGCCAGAGCUAGCAUUUGGCUCUGGCUACUAUCUAGAUGGCGGACAAGCAUACGUCCAAGGCACAUGGGCUUCGUCGCUGAGAUAUCGUGCAAACACAUCGACCUUCUAUUGGAUUGGUUGUAUUGAUUUCUCCAAGACAUACAUCUACACUGCCGCUGCUGUCGAAGGUACAUGGACUCAGGCUGCUGUCCUCGAUUCUUGCUACUACGACGUUGGUCUCUUAGUGGCUGCCAAUGAUACGAUAUAUGCUGCCUACGGAAGCACCAACAUCUAUGUAUCCGAGCUGUCAUCAGAUGGAUUGAGUGAAGUUGCGUCGAAGGUCGUAUAUGAAUCAGAUGUUGGAUAUAUCGAAGGCUCUCGGUUUUACGAAAAAGAUGGCAACUUUUAUAUCAUGACGGUCCAACCCGGAGUCCCAUCUUCGGAGUAUGUUCUCAAGUCUACAACUGGUCCAUGGGGCCCAUACACGGCUAAAGAGCUGUUCACCAAUGCUGGAAAUCCAGUUCCUGGAUGUGGAAAUCCACACCAAGGAGGAAUUGUCGAUACUCCAAACGGCGAUUGGUACUUCAUGGCCUUUGUGGAUGCAUACCCUGGUGGCCGUCUUCCAGUCCUUGCACCGGUCAAAUGGGACUCAGAUGGAUGGCCCUCAGUCAGCCUCGUGGAUGGAUCCUGGAGCACGACAUACGAUACACCUAACAUUGCAGCAAGUGCUACAGCUUCAUCCUUUUUAGCAGAAAGUACAGAUAAUUUUGCAGGUCCGAAUUUGGAUGCACAAUGGGAAUGGAAUCACAAUCCAGACAAUUCCAAGUGGUCUAUUGACAACGGACUUACUCUUCAAGUUGCGUCUGUGACAAAUGAUAUAUAUAGCGCCAAGAACACCCUCACGCACCGUAUCCGUGGUCCAAAAUCAUCGGCCACCAUUCAAGUGAGCACUUCGUCUAUCAAGGCUGGAAACCGGGCCGGGCUUGCCUUGCUUAGGGAUUCUUCUGCUUGGAUUGGGAUUGUGAAUAACGAUGGUGACACUCAUAUCGGAGUUACCACUGGUCUGCAAAUGGAUAGUGAUUGGAACACUCUAUCUACGGGAGAAGAAAUUGCAUCAGUGGGAUUUUCAGGGGAUCAAGUCUGGCUGCGUGCAACGGCAGACAUUGAGCCCACCGUUUCCACAGGCCAAUUUGCGUACAGCUUGGAUGGAGUCACUUUCACAGACCUGGGGGGUAUCUAUAGUUUGAACACCACAUGGGAGUUCUUCAUGGGCUAUCGGUAUGGGAUCUUCAAUUUUGCAACCACAGAGCUCGAGGGAAGCAUUAAUGUUGGCCAGUUUGUACUGUCUUGA